AUGGAAGACCCCGCAAAGGAAAUCGCGACGGUUGCUGGCCUCGUUACUGCCGCUAUAAACCCCGAGAUACAAAGAGCAUCUGUACUGAAGUAUUACGCGCCGAAUAUUUCGUUCCGUCAUCCUCUAUGUGCGGUCAAGUCAGGACCCAAUUCGCGCGACGCGAUACUCUCAAUUCUGCAGUGGUACCGCGUAAUGUCACCAGUGAUCUCGGUCCACGUCAACUCGGUGACAUACGACGAGGAGAAACACUCCGCGUUCCUCGAUAUCACUCAAACGUUCCACAUCCGGUGGUCCCCUCUUAACCCCGCACCUGCAAGGCUGCUCGUACACCUCACGCUCCGCCCCGAGCCUUCGCCGACCGACCCGUCCAAGACAGUAUACCUCAUCGCCGAACACGAGGACUUCUACCACCCGGAGGACCUCGCUGCACUCAUUAUCCCUCCGCUUGUACCUCUCGUCCGCAUUGGCCUUCAAGCGGCGACGUUCGCGUGCAAGGUGAACGCCAGGGUUUUUGGCGCGCUUGGAUACUGGACCGCGAGUGACGGAGAAGGCGGCAAGGGUGUUCAUCUGCAGCCGGAAGGAGAGCCGCUACCUGCGAUCGGGGAAAAUGAGGGCAUCGAGUUGCAGGAGCGGCCGCAGCGAGGAGACAAGAAGCAUGAUUGA